AUGGAAAAACCAGAUGAAAGCGGAUUCAGUCAAUUGAAUGGACCGUUUACGCGUGAGAAAAAAAGGAGGAGUUUUUCUCAUUCUCAGAAAGGAUCGAAAAACGAUGUGUUUCCUGUAGAGGAAGAUGAAAGUACGACGCCAGAGGAUGUAGAUGCACAAGAAACACGCCAAAAGCGGUUUACUUCAUCCCUACAAGGGAAUCGUUUUGAAGAAUUACGAAGAUUACGCGAUAAGGAACGUGAGGAUGCCAUACAGAAAGGAUUAAUUGACGAUCCUUCUAAACCAAGGCAACUGGAUGAAGCGGUGACCUUCGUAGGUACCUGUCCAGACAUGUGUCCCGAGUAUGAGCGUGAACAGCGUGAAUAUCAAAAUAACCUAGAACGAUGGGAAAUUAAUCCCGAUAGUGGCCGCGUCGACAAGAACUUGGCCGUCAAAGCUUUUCAUCGCCCUGCUGCAGGAAACGAACAGGCACUUCCUUCCGAUGUCCGUCCUCCUCCUGUUUUAAAGAAAUCACUUGAUUAUUUAAUUGAUAAAAUCGUUUGCGGACCUUAUCCUUUGGAAACGACUCACUUUUUUGUGCGUGAUCGAACGCGCUCUAUUCGCCAAGACUUUACCUUACAGAACAAUAGAAGUUUAGAAGCCGUAGCUUGCCAUGAACGGAUUGCCAGAUAUCAUAUUCUUUGUCUACAUCAGUUGUGUGAGAAAAAAAACUUUAGCUCACAACAAGAGGUCGAGCAGCUUCGUAAAGUUUUACAAUCUUUGUGUGAAUUCUAUGACGACCUUCGAAAAGAAAAAAUAUCAUGUCCUAACGAAGCCGAAUUUCGAUCUUAUUCCAUCCUUACGCAUCUACGCGAUCAGGAUGUUGUUCGGCAGUCUCAACUUUUGCCUACCGAUAUUUUCGAUGAUCCCCAAGUACAGCUGUCUUUACGGCUGUCAGCUCUUGCUCAGAAGAACAAUGAGCGAAUCGGUCAUCUGCUUCCACUAAACACGGAAGCUACUCCAAACUUGUAUACUAGAUUCUUCAAACUUGUUGCAUCUUCCUCUGUAACUUAUUUGAUGGCUUGCUUAUUAGAGUCUCAUUUCACCUCCAUUCGAAAAGGUGCCAUCAAGGCCAUGCGUAAAGCCUAUAUGUCAGUACAUGCGAAAUUUCCGUGUGUCGAUUUGCAGCGUAUACUCCAGUUUGAUGCCUUGGACAAUGUUUUCGAGUUCUGCGAGUAUUACGCUUUGGAGGUUUAUGAAGAAAACGGAGAACCAGUUGUAAACCUAAGCAAGACCGGCUUUUUUGAUGACUCUAAGCCUGAUACAACUCAACGCUUUUCCCAUGCUUUAGUUGAGAAAAAAUUAGAUAAUCGUUCUUUUGCUGUUAUAAUAAAUGGAGGAACGACUUCGAUAAAAGCAGCGAAAUCUUCUGUAUUCAAGAAGGACGCAAGACCGAUAUUCCCUGUUAAUAAGCCAAUCUCUAAUGUUGAAACUCGGUCUGUCACCAAUGGAUCUCAUAAAAACUCAGUCCUGUCUAGAGGAACACUGAACGCUAAUGCUCCCGUUUUUAAACCUGGUUCUUCUCCUUCUGUUCUUAGAACAACGUUAAAUACUCAACUUCCCCGAUCUGAUAGCCAGUCAUUACUUUCUAUUCCUUCUGAAGAAACAAUAACAUCUUUGCCGCCUCCGGUCAUAAAAAAGCCUUCUCUCGUUAGGCAAAAACCAAUGUUUUCUUCUGACGAUUUAAAUUUGAUUUUUCAAUCCAUAGUAAAGCAUACGUUAACUUCGUUAUGUGGUCGGAUAUGCAAAGAAGUUUACGAAGGAUUUAUUGACGAAACCGCUAAAUCAAUUUAUUAUUCAAUGGUAAAGAAUAUAAUACGCUUUUCGAGCUUAAAAACUCUAGCAAUUGAAAUCUGCAACAGCACCUUAAAAAAAAGAGUAUUUAGUCGAAUAACACUGAAAGCUCGAGAGUGCUGGCUUAAAAAGCGAGAGCGCGAAGUACAACAGUUAAGAGAACAACAGCAGCAAGAACACUAUAAAGUUGUUUUGAGUUCUCUGUUAGGAGCUUCAUGUUUAAAUAACCGCCGCACACAUGGUUCUCGUGUUUUCAAUGGAGAUUAUAAUGCGAAAAAUGUAUUAGCAUCUGAACAAAUCCGACUGGAACAUGAUCGUAUCCAGAAUUUUUGGAAGGAAGAGGAUAUAUAUUCUUUCUUAAAGUUGUUAAACAACCAGGUUUUAAGUUCGACAUGGCAUCUAUUGAUUUUUAGUGCGUCCAACAAACCAUCUAUUCAUCACUGGUUUAGAUCAAAAUUAGGUCUUAAGUGUUCAUCUAAUCCCUCUAUUUGGAGCUCAACACAUAAUAUCCUGAAUCGGGAUUAUACCUUACUAAUGCCAGAGACUUUAGAGAGUUUACCUACAAAGCGGAUGUGUUACGGAGCUUGUAUUUAUGACUUAGGAUUGGUUGAGGAGAAUGCUUAUAAUUCUCCAUCGAUGUGUAAUGGGUUGAAUUCUGAAAAGUCAGCAAUGAAUGACCCAUUAAGAGAUGAUCUUUUCUCUUUCUUACGAGUUGUUUCCAAUCGGACGACAACGAAGUUUCCUCUUUUGUUGGUUAUGUGGACAAAAGGUGACUAUGCAACAGAAAAUUACGUUGAACGAUUAAAAUUCAUGGACAUAAUCACCUCCUCAUGGUCGGCAGUCAGCAGCAUUCAUGUGUUAACUAUUAAAACUAUUGAAGACGCAAAAUUGGGUGAGAGCCUAAAAUUAUUGCUGUCCAAUGUUAGUUCUGAACAAUCACCUUCAUUUCAAGUUGAGCAAGUCUGUCAAAUUAAUAGAAAGAGAGAAGCUGAAAUACAACUUAACGCUACACAUAAAAAACGACCGGUUCGAAGAACAAUACCUUUGUUUCAAGAGGAGGUAAUGAAGGGUCGUGACGACUUCUCUUAUGCAUUAUCUAAUCCAGGCAACGAGUCAGAUUCAUUAACGUUAUUGCGUGAAAAAAUUAAAAAAGCGCAAGAACUUCUAAACAAGGUGCAAACAACGAAGUAA